UGCUUUUCUACUUUUAUUGGAGCGCUCUUUGCCUUGUUCACCUAUUUACACCCAUUCAUACAAGCAUUUUUUGUACACUUUAAGUAUCUUUUUAUAUCAGCAUUAUCAAAGUGGACUUUCAUAGCACAGUUCCAGAAUUAUUUCCCUAAUAUUUAUUGUGUAUUUAUGUCUUUAAAUUGGCAUAAAUGGCAUUCCAUAUAAUGAAACCAAUAUGUUGUAUUUUUAUUAUUGAGUGCGCUACCAAUAACGUGCUUGUUAUAGAACAUAUCACAUAAUAAUAUCAACACAAAAACUUAUUGAUAUUUAGUCACAGUAUGGGCACAUCGAUGCACGUCUUAGCCAAAAAGAUGAAAAAUCCGAGGUCACAGAGAGUCCCUGAAAGCAGCUCGAUCGUCUAUUCUCCACCCUAAAGGAAGCCGUGCGACAUCCAUCAGACUCGCAGGACUCUCAGAGGUACUCUCGAGCUGUCCCCAGCCUGUAGCUCCAACAAACAGCCCGCUGGGACAUCACGCUGCGCUCCGGGCAGGCUGCUGAUCUCUGCCCGGAUUUACCCCUCGAACAGGACUGUGGGAGCGAUGCGACGUCUCGGAGGAGGAGGAGGAGACGAACUGGCCAGGCAGAAGCAGACACCUGAGAGGAGGAUCUGAGUUUGUUUCUGUAACGUCAAAGAAAGGUUUAUUGCGGUCAUCACUAUGACUGAUGGGGAUUAUGACUUCCUUAUAAAGCUCCUUGCCCUGGGGGACUCCGGCGUGGGGAAGACCACGUUCCUGUACAGAUAUACAGACAACAAGUUCAACCCCAAGUUCAUCACCACAGUCGGCAUCGACUUCAGGGAAAAGAGAGUGGUCUACACAGCGUCUAACCCCAAUGGGACGACCACGGGUAAAACCUUCAAGGUUCACCUUCAGCUCUGGGACACAGCUGGACAGGAAAGGUUCCGCAGCUUGACCACGGCCUUCUUCAGGGAUGCUAUGGGGUUCCUGCUGAUGUUCGAUCUCACCAGCCAGCAGAGCUUUCUCAACGUCAGAAACUGGAUGAGCCAGCUACAGGCGAAUGCUUACUGUGAGAACCCAGAUAUUGUUUUGGUAGGGAACAAGGCGGAUCUGGCCGACCAGCGGGAGGUUCAGGAGAGACAGGCCAAGGAGCUGGCCGAAAAAUACGGGAUCCCGUACUUUGAGACGAGUGCAGCGACAGGAGCAGAUGUGGACAAGGCGGUUCUAACGCUGUUGGACCUGGUCAUGAAGAGGAUGGAGCAGUGCGUCGACAAACCCCCUGCCGAGCCUGCCAAUGGGAACGGGGCCACAAAGCUUGGUGAUGCACAGCCGAAUGCUAAGAAAUGUGCAUGUUAGAUGAAGAGGCGAUACAGGACAACAACCAGUCAGUGCUGCUCUGUCGUCUGUCCUUCUUCUCACCACAUUCCUUCCUCUGUUUACUUUAUCCUUGUCAUUUUUGAUAGCAUGUCUCUUCAUUGUUUCAUCACCCCUGUGCUCUUUAAAGCUAACAUUUAGCCAUGUUCUCCUAUUUUGGUUCUUUUCCUCCCUUUAUGCUUACUUGUCCUCCCUAAUGUCAUUCUGACAAUGAAAGAACUCUAUCCCCCUCUAAUGGACUCUUACGGUAAUACAGUCUCUGUUGGUCUGCCUUUAGAAGGAAAUUAAAACAGGAGGGGACAGUUUCAUCACUGUCAGACGCAUAAUGUGCCUAGUUAAAAACAUGCACCCUGGGAAUAGGCUCUGCACGCUCCCAAUUUAACUGCUCGCAAGUGCUUUGAAUGAUUUAACAGACCUAAACAAUCAAAAAGACGCAUUUAAAAGUUUAAUUUGGACUCUUUAUAUGUUGAUCUAUCUAUUUAUGGCCGCAAAAUGAGGGGGACUUAACUUUGUUUUUAAUCAGUAUUGGUCCUCUCCUAAAGUGUUUGCUCCUGGAUCACAGUGAGAAAUUGUGUGACUGAUAUGGUUUAAUUCCUCUGUUAUUUAUAAUUGUUUUUUUCUCCCCGUUUCACAAAGUGUCCUAUGCUGUACCCAUAUGAGCCACAUUUAGUAACUUUUUGAUUUUUACAUUUUUUUGUCAGGUUUAGACAUGGCAGACAUUUGCUAAAAAAUGCAAAAUGCUUUUUCUUUUUGUUAAUAAAAUAAAAAAUUUAUAGUGCAGCAUAACAUAAAAUAAAAUCACCCACUGCUGGCUUCUUUUGUUUCUUUCUCUAGGUAACAUCUGAUAGUACCCUCUCAUGCAGUAUGGUAUCAGAAACAUGUACUUUUUUCCAUUGUCACUAAUUUUGUUUACAGGUAGUAUUGUCUUAUAUAGAUUAUAGAAAGUUGCACACUUAAUAAAGGGUAUAGCAUUUGACCUCAA